GGACGUCGGCAACAAACAAGUGUACUAUAGGACAAUAAUAUUGACCAAUCAAAAUUUGUUUUACAUUGAAAAUAUUGAUAAAGUCAGUGAGAUAAAUUGUGAUUGUAGACACAUCUAUAGAAGGAAUUUACAACACAACAGCGCUGUUGACGUUCGAUAUAGACCCUUCAGUUACACCAUUUGAAGUAGACAGACAGUGUUCAUAGUAACAGUGGUUUUGUAGUAUAUUUGUAUGUAUUGGGAUAGUCUGUUAUAUAGUGGAUAAAUCUACAAGCUAUGAGUUGCAAAAAGAAGCGCCGCUUGAAUGUCCUAGCAGAAAGGUUACGACCUGGCCUUAGCGAAUCUGAACGUGAAUUCCUGGACGCUGCUGAGCUCGGCGAUGAAGCGGUUGUAAGAAAAGUCCUAGAAAAUGACGUCGUUUCUCCAGAUUGUGAGGACACACUUGGACGUACAGGUCUUGAUCAUGCAAUCAUAUCUGGCAAAGAAUCACUGGUUCUGUUCUUAUUUGGGAAAGUGUCUGGACCUAAAAUUCACCAAGGUCUCCUUUGUGCUGUGGACAACAACCGAACAGAACUCUGUGAAAUUCUUCUACGCCAUCAAAUUUAUCGACGUCGCACUGUUGAAUCUGACGUGUAUCUGUAUGUGGAUGACCCAGAAGACGUGCAAAAUAGUCGACCACCAGAAAUCGUGGAAAAGAACACUGAGGGAGUCACGAAAGUUGAUAAAAUGUUAAAAGAAGCGCUGAUGAGGGCUGCAAUAAAGAACAACUUCCAGAUUGUACAAAUGAUAAUGUUGAGGGCAGUUUCGUUAGAGAUCCCCCACGAUUACUUCUGCUCCUGUCGCCAGUGUAUUGACGACAGAGAAGGGGAUUAUAUGGUAUUUUGUAACAAUCGGCUGGACACGUUUAGGGCCCUGGCUAGCCCUGCCUACAUCUCCCUCACGGAGGAGGACCCCAUCAUCGCGUGCUUCCACCUCAGUAAAGGUUUCAAACGUCUACAGAUGAUAGAGACGGAAAAUCAGAAAACGUACCAGGAGUUAGAUGAACAGUGUCAGAACUUUACCCUCGGCCUGAUGGACAACUGUCGGUCGUCAGACGAUGUCAAGUGUAUCCUGUCCGGAGCCAAAGCCAGAACAGCCUUCUCUGAUGACGAGGAUGGUGACCGCGAAUCAGGGUUCCAGCUCAACGAAGGAGAUAUCUUCCCCCUUCUGUCUUUUGCGAUGCGCAUGGAACAGAAAAAGUUUGUAGGCCACGUGAAGUGCCAGGCCCAGGUGUCUGAACGCUGGUUCAGUGGGCUACAGAUGAUGCGCUACCUCAACAGAUUUGAAUAUCUGAUGUUGUCGAUACCCCUCGGGAUCCUGCUCCUCCCAAUCCUGUCCCUCAUCUAUGUCGUGGCGCCGUGGAGCAAGGUAACCAUACUGUUGGACACCCCUUUGAUGAGGUUCCUCAGUUACACCUGUUCGUAUCUGUCCUUCCUGAUCGUUAUUUGCCUGUGUAAGCUCCAGUUUUCUACAGUGUGGCUCUCCAUUGCCUGUGACGACACUGGACUCUUUGCCUAUAUUCUUAUCGGUCUUGUCUUCUUAUGGAUCUUUGGUUUGAUAUGGGAGGAGGUAAAGCAGAUAUACAAUGCCGGUGCACAGGACUACCUCCUUUCCCUCUGGAACCUGGUAGACUCGUUUAUGCUGACGUUUCUGUUGACUUCCUUUACAUUGGAUGUGGUAAUUCCCAUUCGAAUACGGCAGAUGAUCCACCGCUUUCAGCCCACUAUGAACGCUUCCGGUAACAUCGUUAGUAUGACGAUGUUGCCGUUUUGUUACUCCAGUGACGUGUACAAUAUGUCAACGGCAUACCGAGACUGUCAGGCUCCUGCCACGCUGGCAAUGAUUGCCGAGUGGACACCUGUUUGGAUACCUGAUCCGGAACUUUUGUCCGAUGUCCUUUUCUCUGCUGGAAUCAUCCUUAGCGUGAGUCGCAUAUCCUUCAUCAUGCCAGCCAAUGAAACGUUUGGAACCAUGCUAGUGUCUUUCCAAAGGACUUGUUUUGAUCUCAUCAAGCUGUUCGCCAUGUUUGCCCUGAUCUUACUUGCAUUCACAUGCGGAAUCGCCGGUCUUUACGCCGCGCACACGUGCCAGACUGAGAGCUUCAAAGGAUUUGCCGGGACAUUGUUCCUUCUAGUGUGGUCAUUGCUAGGGUUCGGCCCUGGAGAGGCACCAGACCUGCGUCAUGACGCACCUAUGACAUCACUAACGAACAACCCCUCGCGCGGCCCGAUGGUGGUUGCCCUUGGUUAUAUCCUGUACGGAAUCUACGUAUUUGCAGCACUUGUUGUCCUCAUGAAUCUUCUCAUAGCCGUGAUGUCUAACACGUUCCAGGAAAUCCAGGACGAACGAGACACAGAAUGGAAGUUUGUGAGAACAGAAUUGUGGCUUACAUUUAUAGAACCCGGAUGUUGCGUUGCCCCACCAUUCAAUGUUAUACCAACCCCGCGAGAUAUUUGUAAACUAGUCAACUGGAUGAGGAAGUACUUCCGCCGACUUUUCCGGAAGUGCCAUAAACCGGUACGCCGGUGGUGUACAAAACGAGAACGCUCAAUCAAGAAACUACAGGAAAAAAUGGAAUCAGAAGAAGCAAGGUGUACUGCACGUCAGAACGUGAUGUGUAGCCUGGUCCGGAGGUACAUUCUGGAGUCAGAGAGGGAACAAAUUGAGGAAGGAGAAGAUGCUGCUGAGGAUAAACUGAGGCGUCUGAUCGAGAGGGUCGCCAGUAAGCUUGACGAGAGGAUCGACUACAUCCAGACCCACCUACAGAACGUGGACGAUAACGUGAACAACGUACAGAAAGGCGGGAUGAACAUACAGACCAUGCAGAAAUCAGAAAUCGACCUCACUCAGACUCUGAUAAACACCCAUGAGGGCUACCAGACAAUGGUGCGCAAGAUCUGGGAAGACGGUAAAUCUUUUCGUGACGAGAAGAUGGAGGCAAUCCGCGCCAUGAGGGAGGAACGGCUGAAACUGAUCAAGGACAUGAAGGCAGCAGAGGCCCACAGUCUAGAGGACGAUAUUAUAGACGCCUAUGAGGACGCCGACUUCAUCCCGAGGACGACAAUCAAUUGAUCAAGUACAAGUACUUGUUAAGAAGGAAGAAUGAUCUUAUUCGUUUUUCCUUAACCAGCAUCGGGUCUUCAGUAGUUUGAUGUUAUCAUUCUACAGUGCCUUAAACAAUAUCAGGCAUGUGAACGUUUAAACCUGACAGACGAACAGGUACAAUGUCUGUUCCAUGUCUAUAUUAUACUCAACAGUCCCCGUUUUUCAUCAAGAUUGUUGCCAUGGAAACAUUCUCAGGUAUACAACUCAUAUUACGGUUAGAUGUUAGGUUUCAAAUGAAAAACAUGAAGUAUUCUUGUAAUAUUUUCAAGAAACUCUCCUCUUAACAUGAAACAAUGAAUAAACAGCAGAUAUAAAAGAAGAAGAAAACAGGGGAUGUUAAAGUCAAAACAAUGUAGAAAUUAACACCUUUCAAUAGGAUCCAUGUACGUUGUGCUUUAAAUAUUUUAUAUGAACGUUUUUAUUAUAGUUAUACCUGUGAACUACAUAUACUGAUUACUUACAAGUACUUUUUAUUUGCUGGUAAAUUGAGGUUACACGUCGAACCCGACUUAUAGCACAACCAUUUUUCACAAAUAACAAAAUAAAAAAUCUCAUGUCGACUGAGACACCAUUAAGGAAAAUCCUCGGGUGCGCGAACCAUAACUAUUUUAAACGUAUAUACUUCAGCGUUUAUGAUAGGAAUACGGAAAUCAAUAAUAAGGCCCCCUGCAAAUGUGCUAAGCAUAAGAAAUGUGUGUGAUAUCGAAUUAUUUAACUAUAGCGAUAAUGUUUACGCACAACUCUUCAUAGAAAUAUACUUUAGUGAAGGCAAGCGGAAAAUCAAAUGUUACAAACUAGUACUACAGUGAUAAAGUAGCUCUUUGGUCAUUUUUCAUUUUCUUUGUAUGUGAAAUGUAAUUGUUAAAUGUUUGUGUCUUCAGAAAAUGUUAGGUGUAAUUUGACACAUUACAUUUCCUAUUACAGCUGUGCUUAUAUUAUCAUAUAUCGAUUUCUGUAACACGUAACCAACGAGCAAUUGUUGCUAUCACGCUCUCAUUAUAACGCACUAGUUUCAUAAGUUAUGUUAGGUUAAAGGGUUCCACUAUAUCAGGUAUAAUCGCAAAAAAGUGUUCCACUCAGAGUUAUUUCCCUUCACUUGACAUAAGCAACCAAAAAAAUGAAAUUUUCUGGCUUCAAUUGCGGCCCAGGAAUUGGACACUCAUGUUGAUACCGUGUUUGUGCAUUUUCUAUACGGAAACAUUGGUUCUACCCCUGCUGUUUGCAUAUUUAUUUAUUUAUCAAUCUUUUUUUUCUCAAGUUAUUAUUUCUAACAACUACAAUACCUUAAAAUGCAUGGCAUACAUGUGAUUUUUAUUUGAUUUCAUAGUAGUGAUACUGGUUAUACUUUAGUUUAAAUCGAAGGUACCUUUUACUAUAAACAUUAACCCGUUUUGGUACCUACUACACACUUAUGGAAAUCAAUGAAGUUGCCAUAAAUUGCAUUUUAAAAGCGAAGAAAAUGUUGAAAAUGUUACAUUUCACUACAUUAGCAAAAUGAGGGAUCCUUGGAUGAAGGAGACUCUUUUGACCUAGUGUUUUUAACGAAGAUGGAGAAAACAGUAAUACUUCAUCUGAAUAUAUCUUUAUAUGUCAUCUCAAUAAAGUGGAAGGUAAAUAUCAAACAGAUCAAGCCAUUUUCUGCAUGUCAUAUAAUAUAACGGGUAAGGUAUGAUUGAAAGUAAAAGGGCAUCACAUCGCUUGACUAGAUCACCCAUAACCUGUCGAUAAACCCAUAAUGCGUGUCGUAAACUAGACUCUGUAUUUUUAUUUUCAGACGAAUGACUUUAUCGCGCUUCGCUCUGUCUUCUCGAAUGUUACUUACGAGAUAAUCCAUGUUAUAAAAUCAAUAAAACCUGUUUUAU